AUGACUGAAAAGAGAAAUGAGGAGUUAUACUUAACUAAGAAGAAGUACAAUGAUAAUGAUCAGGGUGAUGAUUUGAUUGAGAAGUGCAUGGUAAGUUGGCCAAACAAAUACAGUUUAGAGUAAAUUAAGAAACUUCAUGCGUUUGCUUGGUCUUUUGGAUCAAACACAAAGGGAGAACUUGGUGUUGGUCACUAUAAUGAAGUUCUCAUGCCAGAGAGAGUAAGAGGACUGCCUAAAAUGAAGGUAGUUCAUCUUUCUAGUGGAGCUAAACAUUCUGGUGCUGUAACAGAAGAUGGAAAACUUUGGAUGUGUGGAUCAAACCUUCAUGAUAAGCUUGGAUUGGAAGGCAUUACUACAGGAUCCAAAAAGACUUUCAAACCAGUUGAGCUAUUGAAUUAGGUUAGAAUUAAAUAAGUAGCAUGUGGAGACUAUCACACACUUGCCAUGACAGAUUAAGGACAGAAAAGAGGAGAUAGAAGUACAGAUAGAAAGGAUAAUUAAAAAUAUAGGCCAGUCAUGCUGAGUACUCUUUAAAAUAAGAGAAUUGUAUAGAUAGGAUGUGGGGAUUUUCAUUCACUUGCUCUAGAGGAUAAUGGUACUAUAUAUUCUUGGGGAGUAGGCGAGAAAGGAGAAUGUGGACAUGGAAAGUUUGAAGAUGUUGAAGUCCCUACUAAGAUCAGAUUCUUUGAAGGUAAAAAGAUUGUACUGAUUGAGGUUGGAAAUCAUCAUACCUUAGCUUUAACUUAAGAUAAUCAAAUCUAUGCUUGGGGAGAUGGAAGAUAUGGUCAGUGUGGUUUUGGAGAAUUUGAGAAUACUGCUAUUCCUUAACUUGUGAAUUUCCCUAGUUAGAGCAAUAGCUAAUUCUUUGAUGAUUCAGUGCAUCAAGAAAUAUUAGAAUUUUUCAAGGAUCCGCCAAAAAUAAAGCAGAUGGCUGCAGGUGAAUAACACUCAUUAGUACUCACUACAAGUGGCUAAAUAUUUUCGUUUGGAUAUAAUCAGCAAGGAUAACUUGGUCAUAAUACAACUGAGAAUUAUUGUAGACCAAAGUUAGUUGAGGGAAUGCUAAACCUCAAGGUAGUUUAAGUUGCAGCUGGUAGAAGUCAUUCAUUAGCUUUGACUAGUAAAAAUGAUGUCUAUGCUUGUGGUAAUGGCUAGAACGGACAAUUAGGUCUUCCAGAUAGGGAAGCUAGAAAAACUUUUACUCAUGUUCUUUCUUUACUAUCUGUAAAUGCGAUUAAACUCUAUGCAGGGGGAUUGCAUUCAUGGGCAGUGCUUGAUGAUGUCAUGCCAAAGAAAGAUGAAUUUUCUAGGCUCAGAGACCCCAACUCAGGUGAUGAAGAUUCAUUGUUGAAUUCUGGAGAUGAAAAUAAUUAAUUUACUAGUUAACUAGAUAUUGGUGGAAAAUCUUACAUUUCAAAUUCUAACUUCUUCCAUGACUAGCUGAAGAACUCAAAGUUUGUAAUUUAAGUAAAUUAUACGGACACAGCUUUAAGUCAUAGAUUUAUAAGAUUUGAGCUUAGUGAAAAAAAUCUUGAAGUUGGAAAAGCAAAAGUUGAAGAAUUUAUUAGAUUAAUGUAUAAGGAUGAAAGUGGUACUAUCUAUCAUAGAUUGCAAGAAGAUUAAGAUAUCUUAGGAGAUAGAGGUCAAGUCUUGUCAAGCUCAACUGGAAAGUUCGGUAAAUUCUUCACGCUUUAAAUUGUAACUGAUGUAACUAAGAAUGAGGAUACAGUUGAUUAAAAGAGAGAACUAGCGAAGGGAAAUUAUGAAUUUAUUGACUAAGUCUAUGAUUUGUUUAUAAGGCAUACUUAUGGAGUGGUAGGAUUUUAGCCAACCAAAACCUCAAUAGGAAUGUAGGUUUAUAUGAGAGAAUAGGAUAUUAACCAAAGUGAUUAUGAGAAAAAACUUUGCUAUUGGGCUGUAGUAUUCUCAAGAUCAUUGGCAGGAUAUUGUAGCAGUAGAGUUAAAUAUUUUGAACUUAGACCUUAUAGCUAUGCUCCAAUUUGA